CAUACGCAUGUACUUGCCUAUAUAUGAACCAAGUGGGAAGCGCAAAUAGCAACCAAAACAAAGGAUCUUUCAGUGGAUGGAUGAACAUCGUGUACCUUCUGUGAGUGUUUCACUUCAUUAUGCUAUUUUUGUCUAUAUAAUAGAUAUAGGUUUCGCAAACAAAGCGCCUCUGGGAAGUUGUACCUGUUCACCUGGUUGACAUUGGAUAUCAGAUGACGGAGAAAAACAAGCCGAAUUCGGAAGUGUUGUUCCCUGUUUUUCUAUGUCCUUAAAUAUUUGUCAUCGAUUAGAAUAAGCUCCAAACAGCAGCAGCAGCUGGUUCGCGUAUCAUUAUCAUUGAUACCACAAUCCCGCAUACUGGUGCGGAGAUCAAGCGUAACUCGGCAGCAUCCGCACGAUCAGUCAGUAAUCGCCAAGGACUCGAUCGCGUAACAGCUCACUCGGUCUCAACUUCCAGAAUAGCAAGUGCUAACCCUAAUAUAGAAGAUGCCCGUUCUCGGUUUCGGUGUUGGCAUGUGAUACAUCGAUCACGGUGAAGAUCGAUGCAAUGUUUUGCGCGAGUUUCUCCUGGAAGGCGUCGGAGGGCGAGUCCUGAAGGUGCUCGAUCAGAUCGGAGCCAAAGACAUUGUCAACUCGCGGGAGUUCGCGGAAGUGUUGAUCCAGAUCCUGCCGACCCGAAAGAGGUGCCUCGUGCAUCAAACCGAUCUAGAAUAUCCAGUGGAGUAUAAUUUACAGCUGUUGAAAGUGUUCAAAAUGCGAACCGGUAACAGUGAUUGGAGAAACGGCACAAAACGCAAUUCUCUGAAUAUGAGCUCAUCGCAAAUCAUCGAAUGUUCCAGCCCGGUGCUGACUUCGUCGCCUCCGGCGAUCUGCCGAAUGUUGUCGUCCCCGCCGGUACCUCAGGAGCAUAAGGUUGUCCAGACUGAACCAGAUCCUCCACAACCCACGAACCUCGCUGAUUAUCACACCGAGGCAUUCAACGCACAUAUCCAUGCUACCUUGGGCCACGAUAGGCUUACCAUGAUCGUACUUAACCUGCUAGAAAGUCUGGUAAUACACGAGAACAUUUUCAUGAUCGACGAAAAGUCCGUCACGAUCACUUGCCUUCGGAUGGCGAUCGAACGGCUUCGUCGGCAAGAAGUCUUUGAGGAGAGUGCACGCAAUCGGCAGAUCCUCAGGCACAAACUCCUCGGAAUAUUAAUGCUAAGUUUGAACAAUCUGUUCUUCCUGGAUACGCUGGAGAGUGAUCACGUUAGCUUGAAGCAGAUCACGUCCGACGUCAUGGAACUGCUACGGAAAGAACUCGACGCCGACAGUAUAAGCCCUAUCAGUUGUGAUUUCGUCUACAACCUUACGUACACGAUCGUAUCGACAGUGAAUCAAACCUUCCUGCAUUACUGCGAGCACAUGGUUAGCGAGCAGUUCUUCAAGGCGAUCUUUCGGCUACUGGAGAGCAACCUGGACAUCGUUAAGCAUGUGUACGGCCUGCUGCACGAGCAGAACGGUAUCAACGGAACACAUAACUCGUCCGUGGUGGACGUCCUUCUGAAAAUGUUGCAGAACUUCAUUCUAGUCCUUGCUCCGAGUCGUGCAUCCGGGAAGAAACCUCCUCGUGCCAGACAUAGACUACACCACGCACGGCAGGAUCCCAAAACGGCGUACAUCUGCGCACUGGAGAACAUCCUCCUCAAUAUCUUCCCCGUAGUCAAGUACUCCGAUCAACGAAAACUUCUGCACUUCUUCGGCGAGAACCAAAUCUGCUGCUGCAACGCGACCAUCGAAACACUGGAAGCCCUACUGGUGAUCAACAGCGACGAUCUAGUGCCCCGAAUUUGUUUGAACUUCGCAAACCGUAGCGUGAUAUGCGCGAUCUUCGGCCGAUCGAGUUGUACUAGCUGCGAGGACGAACGGCACUCGGAUUGCUUUGACGGGCGCUUCAAUCGGCUGCAUCGGCAAGCGUUUGAGGCGUUCGGUCGCGAGGAAAACAGACCUCGGAUGCCGAUCUUGCUGAAGUAUUUACAGGAGGUUGUGAAAGUGAUACCUGCUGCUCUGGAGAAGUUCAUUUUGUUCGAGCUGGUGGUGCCACAGCUGCGCAAGGAAAUGGCCGGGUUUGACAGUGGAAUGUUGGAUGAUACAACCAAGGAUCUUGUCAACGGUUGCCUGUUGAUCGUUGGGAGGUGCUUGAAGAAUGCUCAUCUGUUUGAGGCGUUCUUCACGGAGGGAAACGUGGAUAUGCUGAGGGAUUUUUCCAAGCGAGCCGAGUUCGUCUAUCAUACGGGGGUGAUCUUCAGGAUCGCGUUCGAUGCCGCGGAUGGCCUAGACAUGAUCGAAGACCAACUCGGGAAGAUCAUUUUGGACAACGUACAGGCUCUGUCCGAUCAUUUGGGUGCUCUUUUUGCAGUACUUAAGAGUAGCGACGUUCGUGUUAGACUGAAAGGACCAACGGCGAAAGUUGGAGAGGAUCUGACGGAGCAAGACUCGACCAAUAACGUCCUGCAGGUAUUUGCUGAACACUGGAAAGUAGUUCGCCACCUGAUUCAAGUGAACGAUCACUUCUACGAAGCUUUUUGCAAAACUUUCGGUGAAUGUGAAGACUUUAUUCGGCUAGUCUGCAACCUUUUCAGUGCGAUCUUGUUCUACGACAAGCCGAAGCAGGGUGAGUCGACACCCUCCAAGGUAUCCACGACCGAUUUGACCGAGCAGACGAGCCCAGAACGUCGAAGCAUUCUGAAUAUCUUCCACUUCAACGAUCAACUGAUAGAUCACCAACUGUCGAGUGAUGAGUUCUACUAUAGCUGCACUGCGAUCGCGUCCGACGGUGCGGAGGAUGAAGACUACACUCUGCUUCGGGAGUUGGCCAUGGAGAAGGUUAUGCAGUUCCCGGCGGCCUCUCAGGAACAGUUGAACAACGGAAAGCUGGAACGGACCUGGUCACUGUUCGACAAGCUGAACAUUCGGCAAAUGUUGACCGAUCUGGUGGAUGAGUACUUUCCUGGCUCGAUGGCGAAACAACGACCCCGAUUCGAUGAGCUUCCAGAGCAAGCGCGGCAGCUGCUGUCCACCGGAGGAUUCAUACGGAAGCGAUUGGCCAUGCUGGUGGAGCUGAUCCUGAGCACGUUUCAGGUGCUGGUGGACAAAGACAACCGACUGGAGGACGCCAUGCAGUCGGCGUUGAUCGAACUGAAGAAGCUGCUCCUCAGCGGAGCCCUGGAAAACUGGGACUCGCCGGAAGUGACGAAAAAUGUGAUGAAUGCGUUGCAAUCGCUGCUCAAAAUUGCGGAAGUACGCAGUGAGGUGGCUGGGUUCGAGGUGAUCGACGGUCAACAGACGAGUGAGUACUACUUCCCGACGCAAUCGUUCAGCAGUACUGGAAGGAAGUCCGUCAGUGCGGAAGAUGAGGUCAGUUCGACGGACGAUAGCUUCACGACAGCCUUCGACGACGGAUACGAUGGGGACGUGGAGAAUGAUCAUCUGUUGACGGUUGUGUCGCGAUCCAGUAGCACACGAUCGCGGGAGAUCGGAUCCAGCAAGGUGAACCAGCAUAUCUGCAACAUAGUGGUGGACAUUCUGGUUGAGCUGUCGAAGAAGUGUGCGACGGAUCCUCAGAACUGGUGUUCUACGCUUUCGCAAAUGGUCUUGAAGCUAAACGGGAUCAAAAGCCAUCUUGGAGGUUCACUGUAUUUGAUCACUGGGUUCGGCCCUGUGCUACAACGAAGUGAUGUUCGACUGAAAGAGCUCCAGACGUCCAUACUGGAGUUGAUCACCGAUCUCGACAGUCCUGAAGUGUUCGCCAAAUUCCUACAGCUGUUGAGUCUUGAAGAUCCGCCAGUUCAACUGAUCUUGACCAAGUUGAUGAACUUGGUAGACACGACUUUCAAACUGGAAUGCUACACCGAAGUUAGCUUCCCGGAUCCAAGUGAUGACGGUACCCGGAUAUCCACGUGCGAUGUGCUUUUGUCCAAGAAAAUAAGUUAUCUGCGGGAACACCACAAAUACUACAAUAUCCGAUCACCUUUCACCUGCUCCGCCAAAAUGAUCCCGCUGAGCUACGUGAACUUUUCACCAUGGAGCGCUGAAGGUUGUACGGCUUCCGUCUGGUUUCGCUUGAAUCCCACUCAUCAAGACAUAAAUCGUCUCACGAUCACGCAUCUGAUCUCCGUCGGUAGCGAAAAGCAGAUCGUUUCCGUUUUCAUCAACCGACAGCGCCAGUUCACGGUGCGCUUCAACAAACCCGAUCGAAUCAUCUCCAGUGCCAAUACCAAGCGAUACCUGGCUAGCGCAAUCGAUGUGAGCUGUUGUGAUAAUUGUGCCAAAGAACUGUCCCACAUGUGGAACUACAAGAACUUUCUUCGUUCGAUAGAACCCUCCGUAUCGGUCUUCCGUAUUGACGCUCCGGGAGCACAGUGCGUCUACUGCUACAAACAUCUCCCCGUAGGAAGAACAUCAGUGACAACCAGCCUCUCCAACGACUAUUUCUACGACCUUCAUUCGGAGCAGUACACGAUCAAAGAUCUGCAACUGAAAGAAGAUCAAUGGACUUCCCUAGCCCUAUCCGUUCAACAGCAAGACAACUCGAUAUCCAUUGUCCUCACACUAAACGGAGUUCAACAACAAACCCUUACCAUAUCUGAUCCUUGCCAAAUCCACAUCGAUACGGCUCUCCCCGUCCUUGCCAUCGGUCAUCGGAUAGGCGUAGAAGAUGACUGUCCCCUGAACUAUUCACUCUCAAACGUACAACUGUUCAGAAAGAGCUUCACAGACGUAUCCACCCUGGCAAAUCUGUACUCCCUCGGUCCCAACUGGCUACAUCUAGCAGGGUUCUUUAAAGGCGAAGUCGUUCCCAACUAUGGCAGCCUCAACCUGACCAAGCUAUCCCUCGAGGAUCUACAUCCCCGAAACCACUUCCACCAGCUGCAUCGAUCACAUGUCGGAACCUACGCGGCUCACAAACCGGAUGUUUUCAUCAGCGGCAAACCAGGCUACGGAAGGAUCGCCCUAGGGAUGCUCAGCUUUUCGCCACGAAUCAUCCCAAGAGAAAACCUUUCCCUGCAACGAUCGAUACAGCUGUCCGGAGGCAUCACCGCAAUACUAUUCGCCUUUGCCCGGAUCGUUGAGCUGUCCGAUUCACCGAGAAUACACGCCGACGCCUUGAAUCUACUGCUACGGAUAGCUCAUGACAACAACGACUUCUACAACGAAUUCGUUCAACGGGAUCUACUGGAACUGGUGGGGAUCGUAUUGAAGAACAAGAAAUGCCAUAAGGAAGUUUGCGUCCUUGCGGCCAUGCUGGAAGUCACGUUCGAUCAACCGAUCUUGGUGUACCGUGGCGACGUGUACAGCGUCCUAACCAACUCCGUAGCCCGGAUUCGCUACCCGGAGAUCAUCGUAUUUUUCUUCGAAAACUUCCAGAUGUGGAUCGAUCACUCGGAGGAGGUUUUGAACCUGGUGUUCAAAGUGCUGAUCACGAUCACCCGGGACAAGCACCCCGGAAUGGACUACAACUGCAAACGUCUAGCCGAUGCGGGUCUGGUGCCAACCUUGAUCGACUUCUGCCGGAUGAACUUCGUCAUUCCUCCGAAGACUGUCAAGAUCUCCGAAGCUGCGGCGGAUUGGUUGGUGGCUCUGAUUAAGAACCUCUCCAACACUCCUCCCAAGGUGAGUCUCCUCAAGGAGAUCAUCGAUCUGUUGCUGCUCAUGCACAAACCUACAGACAGCUAUGUCACCCACGAUCGCCAAAAGUUCUACUUCAACAUCAAUCCUCACUCGCCUCCACACAAGAGUACCAAGUCCAAUGAAAAUAAACUGGCCCAACGCUUGAACCUCCGCGAACGACGCCUCAAGUUGCGCAAGGUCAUCCCGCUGGCCAUCACCAACACCAACAACGCCUCGUUCGAAUCUACCACCAGUUUCAUCGAAAUGGGCAGACUGGACAGCAGGCCCAAUGAUCCGGUGGAAACUUCACCGCAAGUCGCGCCACCCGAGUCGCUCCAGAUUAGCCCUACAGCAGGAAACUACGAGGCCAAUUACGAAAAACUGAAUCAGGCCCUCGCCAACGUCGGAAUCCACCGGAAGAGCUUGAAGAGCGAGAAGCGGAAGAUUCGACGGCUGCAAAGUCCGAUAGCCAGGGUCAGCCUGACGCCCAAGGAACGAUCGUCCCCUUCGAAGCUGUGCCUGAGAAACGAACUGAACCAGUCGACGCAAUCGCUACCGACGAAAUUCAAGUUCUUCGAGCAAAACUACUUCGGAACGGGCAACGACUUCAUCCAGGAGAGUUUCCUACGCGCUUUGUGCGAUCUACUGCUGAUCCUGCCGGAUCAAGAAGCGAAACAGUUCUUCUCGGCGGACAAUCAAAUAAUCGAAACCUUACUGAUUCUGGCCAACAACUCCAACAUCCGGAUUCGGACGAUGAUCAUCAACCUGAUCGCGGUCAUCAGCGAUCGCGUGCUGGGCAGCUACACCGAGGAGCAGCUAAAGAUCUUUUGGCAUCAUCUGGGCAACCAGAUCGGGUCGCACAGCGUGAGCAUCGAGCUGUUGAACAGCUGCUUCCGAUGGGUUACAAAGUCGGGUUCGGUACUGGCGUUGGAGUCGUUGAUCUUGGAGUACCACAUCAAUGUGGUUCAGGAAUGUGGGCUGAAUGUGUUGAUGGCGAUCCUGCCGCAGUCACACGGCGAACCUCGGCUGUUUCAACUGGUGUUACAUCUGAUGGAUUACAUCGGCGUUAAACAUCCGAAGGCCACGCAGUACAUGGUAGACAACGGGUUGGUGGGGACGAUCGUUAAGACUGCGAUCAAAAUGCACGAGAAGGAAGAUACCGGAGAGGUGGGGGCCAAUCGUGACAGCUUUCUAAGUUUCAUCACCGGCUUUGCGCAGCGAUCGUUGAUGUCCGUGAACUUCAUCAAUCCUUUCUGGGACCUGAUCAAUGGCUUUAUUCUUGCUGAGAGACACAAAAAUCCGAAAGUUACGCAAGGAGUUCGGGACAUCCACGCCCUGUUCUACCGCAAUCUGCUGCAACUUUUCAUCUAUAGGCCUACAGACUCAAUAAUUGGGCACAAAAACAACUCUUUCACGGUUGACCUUCCGGGCAGCGGGAUUCCAAAGGCGGAGGUGAAGGCUCGCUUCAACCAGAUCCACGACAAAGCCGUCGCGUUCAUAACCAACUGCGAUGCCGAUCAUCAGGUCUUCGAACCCGAAGUUCUGCUGAUCAAGAGCCUGAUGAACCGAACCUUGAAUGGGAACCCUCGCGGUGGUAACAUUAUCCUGUGGUGUCUUCUUCCGAAACGUCCGGCCAGUUUGAAGCUGUACACGAUUCGACAGCUCGGGCAGUACAUUGACAGUGGAAAUUACCUUUCGUUGAUCUGCGAUGUCCGCAUGUUGAAGGUGUUCAGUCACAGUAUCCUUCUAUUCAACAAUAAGGAUUUGAGCGCCGAGGAUCUCGCGUUUGUGAACAGCUUCUGCAAAGCAAUCGAUGGUACGCAAAAUAUCACUUGGACAUUGACGCAAACGCUGGAGGAGUUCGAUUAUCUGCGCAUGAUCAACAUGAACGAUCAAGAGCAGACGAUAUUGAAGUCGAUCAACAAGCAAGAGAAACUGAUCCACACCUGCACGAUCGCUGCUAUGGAAAUCACGCGGAACAUCGUGGAAAAGCAAAACAAGUUACGCAAGGAGCUGAUCAUUCAGCUCAAGAAGGACAACGACUUCAAGUUCUUCAACCAGUGGAGGCAGAUCAUCGCGCAGAUGACCCACGAAGACGCUCCGUGGUACAAUGAAAGGCUGUAUCCGACGUCUUGGGAGUUGGAUGACACGUACGGCCCGGGUCUUGUGCAGAUCCGGAUGAGGAGGUGUCAUCGGACAGUUGAGCAGCGGUUCUUGCAAAAAGACUUCCGGACAGAGGAUGAUCAACCUUUGAAACCACUUCUGGAAUACCUGAUACCACACAAUCGGAGUCAGGAAUUUUCGAUGGAGAACCAAGUACUUUACACGUCGACUGUGCGACAAAUCUCUCCCAAAGAGGAAUGUGAUAGUGACUGCAUUUUGACGAGUACGGAGUUGGUGUUGUGUCAAAGUACUGGCGAUAUCUCCAUCUACGAUCUACACGACAUCACAAAGAUCUGGAACAAGCGCUAUCAGCACCAGGAAACGGCUGUGGAGAUCUUCCUUAGAAGUGACAGGUCACUGUUCUUGGUUUUCGAUAGGUCUGCGGAACGGGAGCUAUUUGUUGGGUUCUUCCAUGAUCUCGUCCAACGGGAAGGCCGACAAGAUCUGGAAGCCUAUACGCAGGCUUGGAAGGAAGGAUCUCUGAGCAAUUGGGAAUAUCUGAUGCACUUGAAUCAAAUUUCGGGCAGAAGUUACCACGACCUGAUGCAGUAUCCGGUGUAUCCUUGGAUAUUGUCAGACUACGAAAGCCCAACGCUUGAUCUGCUCCUAGAAAAGUCAUUCCGAAAUUUGGAAAAACCUAUCGCCGUGCAGUACAAAGAUCUGGAGAAGCACUACAUCAACAACUACAACUAUCUGAAGCAAGCAGAAAACGACUCUCUCGAUAGACAGCGCAUCCAGCCGUAUCACUACAGCUCCCAUUACUCAAACUCCGGAACGGUGCUGCAUUUCCUGGUUCGAAUGCUUCCGUUCACCUCACUCUUCCUUCAGUAUCAAGACGACAGCUUCGACAUCCCGGAUCGGACGUUCCACUCGCUGGCAACCACCUGGAAACUGGCCAGUAAAGAUUCUCCCACGGAUGUGAAAGAACUGAUCCCGGAGUUCUACUGCUGUCCGGAAUUCCUGGAAAAUUUCGAAGGAUUCGAUUUCGGCCUGCGCCAAUCCGGAGAACCUGUCGAUCACGUUGAACUUCCUCCGUGGAGCCACCAAUCUACGCGGCUGUUUGUGCUGAUCCAUCGGCAAGCCCUGGAGUGCGAUCACGUUCGGAAACGGAUAUCCAGCUGGAUUGAUCUGAUUUUCGGCUACAAGCAAACCGGCUCGGCGGCCGUCGAAGCAAUCAAUGUGUUUCAUCCGGCAACUUAUGCGAACUUCAACGCCACGGAUAUCGACGACCCGGUUGAAAAGCUUGCGCUGGAAACUAUGGUCAAAACUUACGGUCAGAUGCCGCGGCAGUUGUUCGACAGCCCGCAUCCACAGUCCAUCGUUGCACCACUUUGGGCGAAUCCUCCAGAAGUCAUUGACACUGUCAGUGGUCUGAAAUGGGGUCUGUACAGUGGGUCACCAGUUCUGCCGAGUCCCAAGAUCGUAGACAUCCGAGCAACGCUCAACAACCUUGCUACCCUGACGCACAUGGAAGGUAACAGGGUGGUAGGUCUGCCCUCGCGGAUGAACAUCUUCCGAGGACAACAUACAAAGGCCCAAUACCUGAUGGACUGGGGCCAUCUGGACGAUGUGGUGCGGUUCCGAUCGAUACAGGAAAGCGAUACUCGAUCGAGCGAGUUGGUCUACAACACCAACAUGGAUCCCAUCACCGCGUGUGGAAGUGAUCCAAACUGUCCGGAUGUUUGGUUCGGGCAUCGAUCGGGCAGGAUCGCUGUGUUCCAGCAGCGACAGCCCAAGAAGAUGUCGUUCUUCAACUCGAACAUACAACCGACGGUGACGCGGAAGCGAUCCAGUUCGUUCCGGAAGUGGAUCGAUCGCAAGAGCGCAACGUUACGGAGGAAGUUGGAAGGCGAUGAGGAGGGCGAGGAAUCGACAGGGAGUGUACCGAUUAAGUGGAACUUCCCGGUGAUCUUGAUCAAGCAUCGGGCAGAAAUAACGGCGAUCGCGAUCAGUAUGGAGUUCAAGAUCGUGGUAAGCGUGAGCGUAGAUGGAACCGCAGCGAUAUGGGACUGUAAUACGUUGAGUUAUGUGCGAGAGAUUCCGAAACCGGUCAACGGGAUCAACUCGAAGAUCAGUUUGGUGGCGAUCAGUCCAACGCUAGGGGAUAUCGUGACGGUCCACUCGAGUACGCAUGCGGCAUCAAUGUCGAGUCGAUCGAACGAUACCUCAACGCUGGUAGACGACGAAAGUUUUGAAGUGACCGAAAACUACAACAUGGACUACGUCAAUGUGGCGAUGGCUUCGAGUCGCGAUCAGCUGCGACUGCACACGAUCAACGCCAAGUACGUGGAGCAUGUGUUCAUGGAAAGUCCGGUGAUGGCGGUGUGCUACACCUCCGUGAAGGAGGGCUGUGGAGUUAAUUGUAUAGCCGUGGGCAUGGAAAGCGGUGUGAUAAGACUGUAUAGUAGCUGGAAUUUGGCGUUGGUUCGCGAGAUCACCACGAACCUGGGUGAUCCUUUCGGAAUCAUCAGCCUCAUCUACUCAAAGAACCAGCACCUGAUCGUACUAAUGUCAAGCAAUGUGAUCCAAACGUGGAAAUCCGAAGGUCUUCCCGGAACAUCACCCCAGAUCACGGAACUACCCGUUCGGAGAUCCGUCGGCUAAAAGCCAAAAUUGUACUUCGUAGGAACAUAACCCAGAGCUUUAUCAGAACUGUUAUCAAUAUGUUUUUGUUGGAAUGUAGAAUAAAAAGAAUGAUAUUAUAUUUUUUCUAAUUUAAAACUA